UCGAUAUCUGCCUCGAGAAAAAAGCUUCGCAGGGCAGGCGAAGCUCGCCUCGCGACUUUGGCCUAGACGCACUUCGUCUCGACAUUUUCUUCAAAGCCCCCAGACACCAACUGUCACUCCGUCGCCAAAUCUGCAAGACAAAGACUUCUGCCUCGUCACCUUUUCUUCUUUCUCUUGUCUUCCCUCUUGUUCUCCCCUUGCUCUUUCUCUCUCUUGUUCUCCCCUUGCUCUUUCUCUCUUUUGUUCUCCCCCUGCUCUUUCUCUCUUGUUCUCCCCCUGCUCUCUCUCUCUUGUUCUCUCUCUCCCUUCUCCCAUAGGCGUCUGAGGGCCUUCCUUUCUUCUCUUACGAGAGAGGACGGUGAAAAAAGAUUCGAAAAGAAAGAAGAAAGAAGUUUUAUGCGGAGGAAAGGGCAGGAGAGGCCGCGCAACUUCUCUUUUCCUCCGUCGUUUUCGCAGUGGGAGGCGCUCUCGCAUGCUUCUGCGUCUUUCGCUGGCGUUCACUUUUUUUCCGAUGUCUUCUUCGCGUCGUGACUUUCUUCGAGAUUCGUCGGCUCUCUGAAGGAAGUUUCUCUCGGAGCAGGAAGUCUCCCCUCUUCGCCUCCGUCCCCUCGGAGUUCCCCGUGGAUAUUCUGACAGCCUUUUCCCUCUGCUGUUUUCUUCUCGCCAAGUUCAACUCUUCUUCUCCGUGCCUCUCGCAGGCCGAAGUACGCCUCGCUUGAGAAAGAUGUAUUCUCUCUUCAUCAACAACAAACACGGAAGUCUUGUCUAUCAGAGGAACUUCACACCGGCUGUCCAGCUGUCGGCAAAUGACGCGAUCCGGCUAGCCUCGACGUUCCACGGACUGAGCGCAAUUGCAGCGCAAGUGUCUCCCGCCGCUCUGGAAAAAGGAAAUCCGUUUGCCGCUCUCCAGCCUCGAGGCAUCAACUUGAUCGAGGCGGACAACUUCCGCCUCCAGUGCCUGGAAACUCGCACAGGUUUGAAGUUCGUCUUGGUGGCGGAGCUGGGCGUCUCGCCAGCGACAGUCGAGGCGUCCCUGCGGCGAGUCUACGAAGCGUACGCCGACUAUGUUCUGAAGAAUCCGUUCUACGACGCGGACAUGCCGAUUCGGUGUCACCUGUUUGAUCGAGAAAUCGAGAAAAUUUUCGCGGACUACAUCACCGUCUAAUCUCGUUUCAAAACAUCUCUCUUAUCUGGCCGCGCCGCCUUUUGCAGUGUCGUUCCUUGAGGUUGAGCCGUCUCUCUCUCUCUCUCUUUUCCUCCUUUGUUUUGUAGACGUUCCCUUCGUCUUUGUCGUCUCGGCACUCGUCUUCUUCGUCUCUGC